UAUGAAUUAAUAAUCAAAGAACAAGUCUCUCCAUUCCAAAAAUAUUAUUCCUAAGCACAAUGAGCCCCAAGAUAUUGAGCAUUGUCGAUAAGCAAUCAAAUAAAUCAUUGGCAAUAGUGAUAUUCCUCAUAAUUAAACAUAUCAUAAAUCUGCUGAAAUGCAUCACUAACAGCCAUAACCCAAGAAAAAUCUACACUCCACAAUACAAUAAUAUAAUGAAAAUAUUGGCAAGAUGUUUACAUCUACUAAGUAUGGAGUCGCAUACAUGUAAAAGAAAGUAGUACAUAAUAUUGAUUAACUAUGA